AAUAAAGUACACGGAGAAGCCCAGGCAAAGACAAGCGGUUUCAUCAAUUAAAUAACAUGAACUGAGUGAUCCCUAUACAGCAGUUCUCUUGAAAACUGCAACAAAUCUUCGACAAAAUUUAAAAUAUCAAGAAAAGAGAUUUGACGAGAGGGGAGGAAGUAGCGUAACUGCUGAACGAAGAAUCAUGCGUUUUCCCUCUCCCUAAUCGAACUCGGGGUUGCUCUGGUUUCGAGCAUUGGUUUCUAGGGUUCGAUCAUCUGUUCGGACUCACCAGUGAAGUUGGAAACUUUGAUUUCUCCAGUGUGAAGAAGGUAGAAAGCUUCUUUUUUGUAGAGGAUGAGAGAGGCAUCAGGAGAUGAAUGCUUAGAAUUUAAGUGGGGUAAAAAGAGAAUAGUCGGUGGGAAGAAGAAAGAUGUCCAGUUCUAUGAAUCUUUCACCUUUGACGGUGAUGAAUACUCUCUUUAUGACUCUGUCUUAGUCGGCGAUGCCAAUGAACCAGACUCUCACGAACUCUUUGUUGCUAAGAUCAUUAAAAUUUGGGAACACACUAAUAAGCGUGCUAAAAACCCAAGGCAAGUCAAGCUUCUCUGGUUCUUUAGACCUUCUGAGAUUUCGCCGCGUUUACUUGAAGGAGUCCAAGAUGUACUUGCAAAGGAACUGUUUUUGGCGUCUGGUGAAGGUCCUGGCCUCGCUAAUGUCAACCCACUGGAAGCAAUCUGUGGAAAAUGCUCUGUUGUAUGCAUUUCGAAGGAUAAAAGGAAUCCACAACCCACAGAUGAAGAAAUUGAGUCAGCAGACUUUGUGUUUCGCCGAGUAUUUGAUGUUGGAAGCUCUAGAGUGUUGGAUACAAUAGAUGAUAAAAUUGCUGGAGUUGACGUUAUGUUUCUCUUCAACAGAGCUGGUAGUAAGCAAGAAGCAACUAAUGUACAGAAAGUUCAAGAAGACAUAAAUGUAAAUCCAGAUAGUUUGAAACUAAACAGUCUUCCAGCUUGUGUUUCAGUUCCGGAAACUGAAGACAACUCUAUUGAAUCUUCUGACCUUAGAGAAAGCAGUUAUAGUCGUGAAGAAGGGAAAGAAAAAGGUCACAGUAAACUUGCAGAAGAAAGGUCUAACAAGGAUUCUAGUGUGCAGGAAAGCACGGUCCAUCUUAAAGACCAUGACGUUUGUGAAGCUUCUGGUUCUAGAGGAAAUCAUUGUGAUGGCAACAAAGCUCAGGAAAGAGAAGUUACAAAGCAAUUUACUAAACUGAAAUCUCUGCCUGCAGAAGAAAGAUACAGUAACACUUGUGAAGAUUCUGACUCCAGGGUAAAUCAUUCCAGUUCCGAGAAACCCCAAGCAAAUGAUGUUAAGAAUCCAUUGGCUAAACAAAAAUCUAUGCUCGCUGCCGCUGGAGAAAGAUACAGUAAAGAGUCAAGCGGAUUUGAUGAUAGGCCUCAAAAGAAACGGAAACUAGAUGGUUCUGAUGGUAAAGGAGAUACAGGUUCUUUUAAGAGACCUAGAGAUAUUAGUUCUGAUGGUAAAAGAGGUUCGGAAGCUUUUAAGAGACCUAAAGACAAAGAGACAGGAGAUGAAGUCCCUCCUGAGAAGCCCAGUUUGGUCAAGGAGAAGCGAGAUCUUGGUGUGUCAGUUUCUGAAGGAAGAGACGCAAAAACUGCAAAGAAGCCUAGCUUUGAUGGUAGGCUAUUAAAACGCGCUGAGGAGUUGGCAGAUGAUUAUGAAAGAGGUUAUCAAGUAAUUGAAGUGAAACAAAAGCCGGAUGCUGUAAACAGCAAAUGGUUUCGACCUCUUCCUUGGGAAGAAAGUAUGAGGGAAGCAGAAAAGGAAGAGAGACUGGUUCUUCUUCAAAACUUGGAUCCUACGUACACAUCGGAUGAAGUGCAGAAUAUAGUAUAUUCUGCUUUGAAUGAGCAAUCUACGGCGAGGAUGAUAGAGCGUACAUCAGUCACUAUUUCUCAUACUGGUGAAGCUUUGGUCAUAUUCAAUUCAAGACAAAGUGCAGAAAGAGCUAUUAAAAGACUAGAUAAGGGAUGCUUGUUGCUAUCAAGUGGGAGGCCCCUUGUUGCUGUCUUUGCUAAGAUAAAUCCUCCAGGGAAGCUGUCAUCAUUCUACGGUCAUACCAAACUACAGAAAACUCAAAUGCGACGAGAGGCGAGAGAUGCAGUGUCUACCUCGCGUGGCUCUCAGCCUAACACCCUUGAGUAUGCAAUGGCAAUGGAAUGGUGUUUGCACCGAGCUAGAUCUGACCAUGCGUUUCAAAUGGCUAUUAAGAGGCAAUUGGAGGUGAAAAAAUCGCUGCGGGUUAACUUCAAGGCUAAACUUCCUUAGCUUCAGAAUCAUCUGGUGUUUUCUUGUACAGAAACAUGUACAUCUCUCCUAAGACGGUGACUGAAGCAUUUUGCUAUUGUAGUGAGCAUGCCAGGCCAUCAAAGCCAGUGGACAGAGAAGAGCCAUGGCUAUGGCGUUUUUGACUUUACUUAUCCUGUCCACUCUUUGUUUUUUGAUACUAGUAUGGAUAUCAAUUGCUAUUAUUACUUAACCAAACUGUAAACCGAAUUCAUGAAUCUAAUUUCCGGUUUGGUAUACAAGUAAUUGUCCCCA